UCGUAAUUGGUCUACACGAGUAACUUAAAAAGCACGUGAUUUUAUAAAGUUAGACCCACUUUGUGAUUGUCCUAAAUAAGCAGAAGGUGGUCUGACUGUAACAUAAUAAAAUAUAUCUACAGAUAAGAUGGAAAUUUCAUUUCUUGGAAAGAAAGCACUUGUUACUGGAGCAGGCCAAGGAAUUGGUCGAGCUAUAACUCAAAAACUUGUGGAAUGUCAAGCAGAAGUGAUAGCUGUGAGUAAGACUAAAGCCCACCUGGAAGUCUUAAAAUCUGAAGUACCUUCUAUCCAAACUAUCUGUGUGGAUUUAUCCAAUUGGGAAGCUACUGAAGAAGCAUUAAAAAACAUUGGACCAGUGGACCUUUUGGUUAAUAAUGCUGGAGUAUCAAAAUGCCAGUCUCUGGGAGAUAUCACUGCUGAUGCUGUAGACAUGACAUUUUCAGUCAAUGUAAGAGCAGUAAUCAAUGUAACUCAGAUUGUCAGUGGGAUCAUGAAGAAACAAGGCAGAGGAGGAGCAAUAGUAAACAUUUCAAGUCAGGCAGGAAUGGUUGCUCUGUUGGAUCACUGUGUUUAUUGUGCAACUAAAGGAGCUUUAGAUCAACUCACUCGUUGCAUGGCUCUGGAACUUGGGCCUUAUCAGAUUAGGGUUAAUUCAGUCAGUCCAACUGUUGUGAUGACUGAAAUGGCUAAGGUUGCCUGGAGUGAUCCAGUGAAAGUUGCUGAAAUGAAGGCUAAGAUGCCUUUGGGUCGUUUCUGUGAACCAAAGGAUGUUGUUUAUCCUGUUUUGUAUCUGCUGAGUGACAAGGCUGAUAUGAUCACUGGGGCCAUUCUUCCAGUUGAUGGUGGAUAUACAGCAUGUUGAUAUAUAUAGUAAUAGUUACAUCAAGUAGCUGGUAUUCAAGAGCUUUACUUUUAAAUGUGCUUUUAAAGACUUACUAAGUUAUUCAUUAUAAUACAUAUAAUUCUGAUAUAUUAAAAUGCCAGUGUAUCAAAUGUCUGAAGCAUUGCAAAUUAAUAGAAAGAAACAAAUCUGUACAAUGCAUAUUUUCUAUCUUUUCUUAUGUCUUUGAGUGCAAUAUAUGUGGUUGUAAUGUUGAAAACAAACCAACAUAAUGGUAAAAGCAUUGCUUACCUGAUUCUGGAUACAGUAGUUUGUAUGAUCCAGCAAAGAUAACUGACUCUCACAGGUUAUCAAAGAAGUAUAAAACAUAGACAAAUCAUGUAAUGUUAAUAUAUGUGUGAAUAAAAAAAAAGAAUGCCAAAUUGUGCCAAUAUGCUGUUUCGGUUUUAUGUAGUAUACAACUAUAGAAAUAUCAAGAAUGGUGUAUCUUUUUUUUUUUUAAUGUUACAAAUGAAUUUGAAUAAAUGAGAACCAAACCUGAAUGAGAUUGAAAUCUACAAACAGACAGGCAGUUUCUUUCAAUCACCUAAAUUAACUCAUAUCAAAUGCUGCAAGUAUUUAUUUUCACUAUAUUGAUUUGUAAGGACAGAAUUUGGCAGAAGUCUUGAGCUUUCUCACUUCACCUGUAAAGUAGACUCCUUUUCUUGCUGUUAUGUUAGGUAGCACCGAGUUAAAUUUUUAACAGUAGAAAUAUUAAGGGUGAUAUGCCAUUAUUUUAAUGAUAAUUAAUUUAAUGCAGAAUGGUCAUAUUGAAUCAUAUGUAUCUUCAGCUUUUACUUCUUCAGAUGAAUCAUUAUGUUAAAUAUAGUUGUGUCACUAUACUUAACAGGCUAAAGUGACUCCCUUACAAGCUGUGGUAUGUGUGUUUACAAAUGUCUGGGAAAUAUAAAGAAAUAUUUUUAAUGCUUAUCUGCAUAUAAAUGUAUUUUAACUGAUAUCAAAUUACUUAUAAGUAUCUUACAAUAAUAUAGUUUGGGAAAACGGAUGUCUGUGCAUCGGGUUGCACUUAGCUGAACUAGUUUGUUUUCUCAUGGUCAGUUCUAAGUAGCUCUAUAUAGGGUACGGUCAUUCAGUUGGUUAAAAAUUUGUCCUUGAAGGUGCAAAUACUGAAAAUAUUGUUUACAAGGAAAUUUUGUAAACAACUUUUGCAAUAUGAAUUCAAUAGUCCUUAAUUUUUUUAUCAUGGUUUGAAAUAGCACAACUCAAUAUUUUCUAAAAUUUUGACAUGUUCUACUAGAAGAAUAAUAUAACUUGGAAAAAUGAUGUCUGUCCAUUGUGUAUAAAUAUAAAGAAGAGAAAAAUAAAUAUUUAAAAAAUAAUACAUGUAUAGGUGCAAUGCCUACUAUGAGUAUUUGUUGUUAAAAUUUAACAAAAUAAUUUUCUACUGUAAAGUUUUUAAAUAAUUUUCAUGUAAUGUUAUAGCAUCAAAAUGAUUUUUUAAAACCAAUUUUUGGAGUAUUGUUUAUUUCAUUUUAUGCAAUUACAAAAUGUUACACUUAAAUUUUAUAGGAACUGCAUAUGCAAUAAACAUGUUUUAACCUAUUUUGAUGAUACCUAUUCUUAUGAUACCAAAGUGCAAUU